CAACACUUACCAGGAAGAGACUGACUUAUUAUUUCUCUUUUCUGUCAUACUGACUCUCUUCUUUCUUGACAAAAGCAAUAAAGAAUCAGCGGUCAGUGGAGAAUGAAGAGAAACACUUUCAAGAAGGAUUUUUGAGACAUUUGUUUCUGAACAGACAGCAGAUCGUUGUGAUUCUCAAAGUGAUUCAUUUUUAAAAACCGUCGUUCAGAAAGUGAAAGUAAAGUUUAUAUUGCUGGAGCUCAAACAGUGAAAAUGGCUUCACUAAAUGUUUCUGCUGAAGAGCUUUCUUGUCCUGUGUGCUGUGAAAUCUUCAAGACUCCUGUUAUUUUAUCAUGUAGUCACAGUGUCUGUAAAGAGUGUCUUCAACAGUUCUGGAGAACCAAGAAAACUCAGGAGUGUCCUGUCUGCAGGAGGAGAUCCUCAAAAGAUCAAACUCCAAUUAAUCUUGUGUUAAAAAACUUGUGUGAGUUGGUCCUGACGGAGAGAAAGGAGACGAGUUCAUCAGGAUCUGAGGAGAUCUGCAGUUUACACAGUGAGAAACUCAAACUCUUCUGUCUGGAGGACAAACAGCCUGUGUGUUUAGUGUGCAGAGAUUCAAAACAACACGACAAUCACAAAUUCAGACCCAUCAGUGAAGUGGUUUCAGAAUAUAAGGAGGAGCUCAAUACAGCACUGAGGUCCUUACAAGAGAAACUUCAACACAAUGAAAAAAUGAAAGGAGAGUUUGAGAAAACAGUUCAACACAUCAAGUCUCAAGCUGAGCACACAGAGCGUCAGAUUAAACAGCAGUUUGAGAAGCUUCAUCAGUUUCUCAGAGAUGAAGAAGAAGCUACAAUCACUGCACUGAGGGAGGAAGAGGAGCAGAAGAAGCAGAUGAUGAAGGAGAAGCUGGAGGAGAUGAACAGACACAUCUCAGCUCUUUCACACACAAUCAAAGACAUGGAGGAGAUGAUGAAAGCCAAUGACGUCUGCUUUCUGAAGGAGUUUCCAGUCUCAAAGGAAAGAGUCCAGAGCUCACAGCCAGAUCCACAGAUGGUUUCUCGAGCUUUGAUUCAUGUGCCGCGUUACUUGGGCAACCUGCCGUUCAGAGUCUGGAAGAAGAUGCAGGACAUCGUCCAAAACACUCCUGUGAUUCUGGAUCCAAACACUGCGAAUCCAUGUCUUGUCCUGUCUGAUGAUCUGACCAGUGUGAGAAACAGUGGGAACAAACAACCUCUUCCUGAUAAUCCAGAGAGAUUUGACUGUGAUCCCUGUGUUCUGGGAUCAGAGGGUUUUAACUCAGGAACACACUGCUGGGAUGUUGAGGUUAAAGAGAGUUCAGCCUGGACUCUUGGAGUAACUAAAGGAUCAAACCAGAGGAAGGGAUGGGAUUUCUUCAACACUGAUGUCUGGAGUGUGUGGUACGGAUGGACUGUAGGUUCUGGUUUUCAUGUCAAACAGAAGCUUGAUCGUGUGAGAGUGAAUCUGGACUAUGACAGAGGAACACUGUUAUUCUCUGAUCCUGUAAAUAACACACAUCUACACACAUUCACAACCACCUUCACUGACACACUCUUUCCAUUCUUCAGGUGUUCUCACUCCCUUAGGAUCUUAUAGUCAGUAAACGUUACUCUUGUAGGUCUGGAUCUUCCUGCUUUCAUCAUGUUUCCAAUAUUUAAUCCAGAUCACACGAGUAAGAGUGCUGUUGAUCUGAAUAACAGUACGGUGGCUGUGAUUGGGCCGUGAUCAACGAUGGGCAGUAUUUAUGAUACAUGUAUUUCAAAUUUAUGAUACAUGUAUUUUUGUAAUUUGUAUUUGAUAGGGUUGAUGAAAAUGGCUUUGUAUUUUGUAUCAAAAUACUUUAGUUUUGUAUUUUUGUAGUUUUAAAAUACUGUAAAAUACUUUGUAAGAAGUCUACAUGAUGACAUCAUAAAAAAGCAGCCUCUGAUUGGUGCUUACUCAGUAUGCCCAGACGUGUUGAGUUCAGAACAGAUGUUAAAGGUCCCCUAGAACCCUUUUUCACGAUAUAAUAUAAGUCUAAGGUGUCCCCAGAAUGUGUCUGUGAAGUUUCAGCUCAAAAUACCCCAUAGAUUUUUUUAUUAUGUAGCACUCUAUACGUCCCUGUGUUUAGAGUGCCCUGGGUUCGUUUACUGGUUUUCUUUAUAAACUUAAAUAAUGCAGUAAACUCACAACCUGUCAACUUAGACAGAAGAUUAAAUAAAUAAAGAAUCAAAUGUUCAAAUAA